AUGGGGGUGAAGUCCAGGCUGCCCAGCUACGAGCUGGGGCUCUACGCCCUGGUGGUGACCUGCGCCGUGGGGUACAGCGGCACUGGCAUCUUCCAGGCCUCCAGAGACAGCAUGAACAGAAAGGCCUUUCGGGACGGCAUCAAGCCGGGCUGGCACUACUUUGGCAGGAAGAUGGACGUGGCUGAUUUCGAGUGGGUGAUGUGGUUCAGCUCCUUCAGGAACAUCAUCCUCUUCGCCCUCUCGGGACACGUCCUCUUUGGGAAGCUCUGCUCCAUGGUGGUGCCCCAGCACCGGGCUGGGAUGUACAUGCUCUACGGGGUCUCGGCCGUGCUGGCCAGCAUGGGGCUCACCUACCUGAUGAUCAUCCUCUCCCACUGCCUGGUCCUCUACUCGGUGGCCCUGGCCAAGCAGAAGUGGCUCUGCUACGUGGCCGGGCUCUGCUGCCUCGCCUCCUUCAAGGUGGAGCCCUUCAGCUCCUGGCAGAGUGGGUUUGUAACGGGAGCUUUUGAUCUUCAAGAUGUCCUCUUCUAUGGAGGAAGCAGCUUCACCAUCAUGCGCUGCAUGAGCUUUGCCCUGGAGAGCUCCCAGAGGAAAGAGGGCAUCUACUCCAUCUUCGACCUCCUCAAGUACAACUUCUACCUCCCCUUCUUCUUCUUCGGGCCCGUCAUGACCUUCGACCAGUUCCAUGCCCAG